AUGGAGGAGGACGACGCGAAGCAAACCCUGUUUAGGCGAAAAACCGCGCAGAGGAACGGGGAGGGGUGCCGAAUGUGCCGAAAGAAAUAUUGGAAGUGCAUUAGCACGUGCUUGACCUGGGAAGCGGUGCUCCUGGUGGUGCACGUAUUAGUUUUUCUCAUCAUAUUCUACAAAUGGGUGAAGGAUGGAAGGUUGGACCAGGUGAAUAAGAAGCUCUUCAGGACCUACAAGAGUGCGGGUCAUUUCCUGCAGGGGGUUUUAUUCGUCUUGCUGAUUGUGCCCUUCAGAUUUAACAAAAGGGUUAUAAAAUGGAUUUUUAACUUUGCCAUGAAAAAUGAGACACCCGCGGAUGAGGGCAGACGGGACGGGUGCCAGGAACCGUAUGGAGAUAUUGAAGAGAACAAACUGGGGAACUACCUCUCCAAUGAGGAGGAGGACGACGCGGGGGGGAGUGAAAGGAACUCGGCCAUGAACACCGCGCUGAGCAGUUUAGAUGAUGAUAAUGGGGGCAGCCUGCCAGUGGGCAACCUUCCUGUGGGCAACCUUCCUGUGGACGACCACUUUGCAGAGACAACCGAGUUGGACGCGGGAAGGAGAGACGGCCACCCCCAGCUCAGCCGAAUCGGCAGUACUACUAACAGUACCAGAGGUGGAAACGGCAUGGGGGGCCACCAGAACGGAAGCGCUGGAAAGAAUACCUCCGGGGAGCGCUCAGCCAUGAACAGGAGAAGGAAGGGGAGCAGCUGCAGCAGUGACAGUCUAAGCGGCGAACACACAAACGGAAGCAUCCCCUUGUGCGAAUCGUUUGUUAACAGUUUGGUCUUCCCAAUCAACACCCCAAAAUAUAGAAGAGAGGAAGUACAGUACUUCUUCCUAUGUGCAAAGUUAUUUUCAAAAAAAAAAAUUUCUUUUCUUUUUUUCCUCAAGUAUGGCUGUUCCUUCAUCCUAAUGGUUGCCUAUCCGCUGUACAAUUUAGUGAAGAGGAAGAUGCUCCACAAAUAUUUUUACUUUACGUCGUAUUAUAUGAAUGCAUUUGACUUCGCAUCGGGUCUACUAGCGGGAUUUCUCUUCGUCUUAGUAUACGGAGUAGUGAAGUUUUUGGCCAACCUCUAUAUGAACAGAAAAAAUGAGAAGUUUCACUUUUACGAGAGCUAUCCCUUUCUGGGGGAUGUGCACUGCCUAUGUGAUGAGAACGUCCGGAUUGUUAUAUAUAAUAACCCUCACCUGAAGGGCAUGGCGGUACAUUACUUUAAUUCUUAUGAGACGUACAGGUGUUUUCUUUUUAUUGGGAUUUUAAUUUUGUUCCUUGUGUGCGUCUGCUCCUUUGCCUUUUCCCUUUCCUCGAUGGGAGCCCCUGCGCCCGUUGCGGGGGGCCGCGUGGAAGUGGGCCUGUGA